AUGCAUCGAGGGCAGGAGACCGAGAGACUAAGGCGACGCUGGAAUGAUGACAUCAGAGAUUGGACAGAGAGAACGCUGGAAGUAUGCACAGCCGUGACGGCCUAUUUCUAUCUAUCUAUCUAUCUAUCUAUCUAUCUAUCUAUCUAUCUAUCUAUCUCAGUCUCUUCAUUAUCUAUCUAUCUAUCUAUCUAUCUAUCUAUCUAUCUAUCUAUCUAUCUAUCUAUCUAUCUAUCUAUCUAUCUCAGUCUCUUCAUUAUCUAUCUAUCUAUCUAUGGUUCGUUGCUCAUUUCUGUUAUUCCUUCACUUUUCCUUCAUUUUCUUUUUCUUUUUUCCUAUUCUUCUGCUCCUUCUCCUCCUCUUCCCUUCCUCUUCUCCUUCUUCUUCUCCCACUCCUUCCCUCUCUUCAUCAUCACACCUCCUUCCCUACUUCCACAGCUACUCCCACUCUUCUUUCAUCUCUCCUUCCAUCUUAUUUUCUACACCAACUCCUCUCUUCUUACUUCCACUUCUUCUCUCUCUCUCUUCUUCUUUUUCCACUCAUCCUACCCUCUUCUUUUUCUUCAUUAUUCAUUUUUUUACUUUUGUUAUUGUUAUCCUAAGAUGUUUAUAUUCAUCAUCAUUAUAAUCCUUUUCCUUUUCCUUUUCCUUUUCUUUCUGUACCCCCACCUCUCUCUCUCUCUCUUAAUCUACCACACAUCUCCCCAUCUCCUUACACUCUUCAUUUCUCUCUUCUUCCACUUCCCAUUCCCUCUUCAUCUCCCACACAUCUCCCAUCUUCUUCCAACCAUCUUCUCCUAUACAUCUACCCCGUCUAUCGCUCUUUUUCCCAUCUUCAUCUCUUCUUUUUCUUCUUCUUCUUCUGUCUUUUUAUUCCACUCCUCCUCCUUCUCCUCCACUUCUCCUCCUGCUUUUUAA